GGAAGACAGAGCAGUGCAUGGUUAUGGAUGCUGGACAAGGAUAUUUGGAAAGGUUGACGAUGUGUCACACUGUGUAAGGGAAUCGCAUGGAGAUGGGCAUUCCGAACUGUUAAUGGGGACAUGGGACUCCAGUUGUCUCUGAUCACUUGUGUGGAUUUUCCUGGCGUAGAACGACAGAAGCCGCUAGUAAGUCGCCAAGACCUACAGCAGGAAUUCUGCACGAAAGGGCAUAAAAUCUUGUUAUUUUAAUUUGCACCUGGGAGAAUGUCUGAGCAAGGAGACCUGAAUCAGGCGAUAGCAGAGGAAGGAGGGACUGAGCAGGAGACGGCUACUCCAGAGAACGGCAUUGUUAAAUCAGAGAGUCUGGAUGAAGAGGAGAAACUGGAACUUCAGAGGCGGCUGGAGGCUCAGAAUCAAGAAAGAAGAAAAUCCAAGUCAGGAGCAGGGAAAGGUAAACUGACUCGCAGUCUUGCUGUCUGUGAGGAAUCUUCUGCCAGACCGGGAGGUGAAAGUCUUCAGGAUCAGGAAUCAAUUCAUUUACAGCUUUCCAGUUUUUCCAGCCUGCAAGAGGAGGAUAAAUCUAGGAAAGAUGACUCUGAAAGAGAAAAAGAAAAGGAUAAAAACAAAGAUAAAACCUCUGAAAAACCCAAGAUCAGAAUGUUAUCAAAAGAUUGCAGCCAAGAAUACACGGAUUCUACAGGCAUAGACUUACACGAGUUUCUGAUUAACACAUUAAAGAAUAAUUCCAGGGACAGGAUGAUACUUUUGAAAAUGGAGCAGGAAAUUAUCGAUUUCAUUGCUGACAACAAUAAUCAUUAUAAAAAGUUCCCUCAGAUGUCAUCAUAUCAGAGGAUGCUUGUCCAUCGAGUGGCAGCUUAUUUUGGAUUGGAUCACAAUGUGGAUCAAACAGGAAAAUCUGUUAUCAUCAACAAGACCAGCAGCACCAGAAUACCAGAGCAAAGGUUUUGUGAACAUUUAAAAGAUGAAAAAGGUGAAGAAUCCCAGAAGCGGUUUAUCUUGAAGCGAGAUAACUCUAGUAUUGAUAAAGAAGACAAUCAGCAAAACAGAAUGCAUCCAUUUAGAGAUGACAGACGAAGUAAAUCAAUUGAAGAGAGAGAAGAGGAAUAUCAGAGAGUGAGGGAGAGAAUAUUUGCACACGAUUCAGUUUGCUCCCAGGAAAGCCUUUUUGUGGAAAACAGUAGGCUCUUGGAAGACAGUAACAUAUGCAAUGAGACCUAUAAGAAAAGACAGCUCUUUCGGGGCAACAGAGAUGGCUCAGGGAGAACAUCCGGGAGUCGACAGAGCAGCUCAGAAAAUGAACUCAAGUGGUCUGACCACCAAAGGGCCUGGAGCAGCACAGACUCCGACAGUUCCAACCGCAAUCUAAAGCCCGCCAUGACCAAGACGGCGAGUUUUGGGGGCAUCACGGUGCUGACCAGGGGUGACAGUACUUCCAGUACCAGGAGUACCGGGAAGCUGUCCAAAGCAGGUUCUGAGUCUUCCAGCAGUGCAGGCUCCUCAGGAUCGCUGUCCCGCACCCAUCCCCCUCUCCAGAGCACACCUCUAGUCUCAGGCGUGGCAGCUGGCUCUCCAGGCUGUGUGCCUUAUCCAGAGAAUGGAAUAGGGGGCCAGGUUGCUCCCAGCAGCACCAGCUACAUCCUCCUUCCACUUGAAGCUGCAACAGGCAUCCCCCCUGGAAGCAUCCUUCUUAAUCCACACACAGGCCAGCCCUUUGUGAAUCCCGAUGGAACUCCUGCAAUAUACAACCCACCCAGCAGUCAGCAGCCCCUGCGAAGCGCCAUGGUGGGGCAGUCUCAGCAGCAGCCGCCACAGCAGCAGCCCUCCCCGCAGCCCCAGCAGCAGGUCCAGCCACCACAGCCACAGAUGGCAGGCCCUCUGGUCACUCAGCGAGACGACGUGGCAACACAGUUUGGCCAGAUGACCUUGAGCCGGCAGUCCUCGGGGGAGACACCUGAACCCCCGUCAGGUCCUGUCUACCCGCCCUCCCUCAUGCCACAGCCGGCCCAGCAGCACAGCUAUGUCAUCGCUUCUACAGGCCAGCAGCUUCCUACGGGAGGAUUUUCAGGCUCUGGCCCUCCCAUCUCCCAGCAGGUCCUCCAGCCGCCUGCCUCACCACAGGGAUUUGUGCAACAGCCUCCACCUGCACAGAUGCCUGUAUAUUAUUAUCCAUCUGGUCAGUACCCUACCUCAACCACGCAACAGUACCGGCCCAUGGCCUCAGUUCAGUACAAUGCUCAGAGGAGUCAGCAGAUGCCACAGGCAGCACAGCAAGCAGGUUACCAGCCAGUCUUGUCUGGUCAACAGGGAUUCCAAGGCCUAAUAGGAGUGCAGCAGCCACCUCAGAGUCAGAACGUGAUGAAUAACCAACAAGGAACGCCGGUGCAAAGCGUGAUGGUUUCCUACCCAACCAUGUCUUCUUAUCAGGUGCCAAUGACCCAGGGUUCUCAAGGACUGCCCCAGCAGUCAUACCAACAGCCAAUCAUGCUACCUAACCAGGCAGGUCAAGGGUCACUCCCAGCCACUGGAAUGCCUGUUUACUGUAAUGUCACACCGCCCACCCCUCAGAACAACCUUAGGCUGAUUGGCCCACACUGCCCCUCCAGCACUGUCCCGGUGAUGUCGGCUAGCUGCAGGACAAACUGUGCAAGUAUGAGCAAUGCCGGUUGGCAGGUCAAAUUCUGAGAGCUCUGGUUGUGGUACAUUUCUUCAGAUAUUUCUCAUGGCCUUUGAUGGAAGAGGAACAAGGUGGGAAAACUGGCUGAGGACUUAAGUAUUCACUCAACACUCAAAUGAUUGCUGCUGGUAUUCUGUAAAAAAAUAAACAAAGACUAAUAUACACGUUAGCUGGUUAAUGGUGCAUAUUUCUGUCAUGUCUGCUAGGUAUGCCUUUAUAGCUUAGCUAGUGACAUGAAUUCAUCAAGGUAAGAUUUUCUCCUACCACUGAAUACCACUGUGUAGAUUAUAAUAUCCCUAAUUUGGAUUAGUUUUGUACUUUGUGUUGAGUUUGUGAUGCUAAAAGUAUUUAAAAAUUAUAUACUAAAUCACAUUGUACCAAAGCUGUAAUGGAAAAGAAAAGAAGAAUUGAUGAAUUGAAGGAAUAAUUUAUAUACAUUAUAGAGUUUUCUUUUUUUAAUGGAUAUAUACUGUAUUGUAGUGUUUAAUCAUAAUAAAACUAUUUGACCUUAUGGAGGAAGGUCAUGUUUUUACCACCAGUUUGGUUCA